AUGUCUCUCAUUUUCAUAACUAAUUUUAUUACUUUCCUUCAAAAAGAAUAAUUGAAAGUUGUCUCUAUUUCUGAGUAUGAAGAUGUCAUUGAUACGAUUUCAUUUAAAGACUCAGACUUUCUUUUUGCCAUUCAAAUCGAAUAGCUUAAUUUUAUUUAAAGACCAUAUUUUAAUAUCACAAUGCAAUAAAAGUAAUGCUUAAUGCCCAUCUAAGACUUUACUUUAGAAACACACAAGGAGAUUUGAAGAAAGAAACUCUCGAUAUUGAAUUAGUUCCGUGUACCUAAGAGCGUUUCACAUAAAUUUUUGCGAAUUACGAAAUCAAUUUUACCUAGUAAUAUUUAUAACUUCAUCUGUCAGACUUUUUAUGUCCAAGGUAUAUAUAUAUAUUUAUAUAAUAGCCUAACAACAGAUGUCUUGAUUGGAGGGACAUACUCAAGUAUAAAUAAAUAUCAUAUUUAUUAGGCAAUUAAUUUGAUUUUAUUGAAAUAUCUAUUACAUAAUGCUAAAAUAACUCACAAAACUUAUGGAAACCAAUAUGUAAUGAUCCUAUUGACUCUAGUUUUAAAUUAAGAUUAUAUACAGUCAAUUAAGUAUCGAUUAAAAUUUAAAUUAAGAAUAUUAACCCUUAUAAGCCAAAAGAUUCUUACAUUAAGCCAUUUUUAGAUGAUUCCUUGUCCUUUACUUUCAAUUUAAAUUCUACAAAGUUUGCUAAUAUUUAUUUUACUAAGUAUGAGUUCCAAAAUGAUGAAAGUCUUUUACCUAUUAGGUACAUAAAAUUUGAAAUAAAUUUUAAGUGUGAUUGAAGAAAGGACAUUUUAUAUUUUAGAUUCUUCAGAUGUUUAAUAAGAUACAACAGAAAUAACUGAAAAUUCUUUAGCCAAAUUACAGAUAAGAAAAAAACCUUUUAAAACAAAAUUUUUAAGACAAUAUUAAAAAUUAGAUGAAUUACUUUCUAAUAUAGGUGGAAUACUGUAGAUAGUAACGUUUUUUAUUGGUUUAUUAGUGACAAUUUAUAAUAGAGUUAAUUGUAUGUAAAUUAAUUAAUAUAGCAGACAUGGUUGAAUUGUCGAAUAGGAUAUAUGAUUUUAGUAUUGAUGAUUCUGAAUAAAAAAAGAUUUAUACUGAUAAUCUGUAAAUUUUGACAGAUUAAUAGAAGAAUGAAAGAUUAGGAGUUGAUUCUAAGUUAUAAACUUCAAACUAAAGAAUAAUGACUGAGAAUGAUUAAUUUGUUAAUUGUAUUGAAUCAUUUCGAGAAGAAUAGAAAUAUAUUUAAAAAGAAAGAAUUUCAAUAAGAUUAAAUUUUGGAUGUGGUUUAGAUUAUUUUUCAGAUUAGUUACAAAAGAUGUUUCAAAAAAAGAAACCUAUAUCAUUAGAUGUAUAGAUUUUUUUGAAUUAUAUAACAUGCAAUUAUUUAUUUAAAGAUGUUCCAAAAGUUAAAUUAAUGAAUAAAGCAUAGUAAGAAAUAAUAUAUUAUAUUAAGUGAAUAGAUAAUUUCUUAGUCAGAUAUAUAUUCAAUAAUGUCUCGAUUGAAUGAAAUAGAUAAAUUAAAGGAAGUACUAUUAACACCAAAGCAGUUAGUUAUGUUUAAUUUUACUCCUAAGAAACUAAUUACAUUGGAAGAUGAGGAUUUGAAGAUUGAUAGAAAUAUGGUAGAAUCAUAGCAUAAAACUGAAAAGGAUAAAAAAGGUGAAUUUUUGAUUUAUGCUAAAAUGAUGAUGAAGAUGAAGAGAUAAACAAAAAAAGAAAAGGUUCCAUAAUAAGUGAGAUAGAAAAAAAGAGCUAGUUUUUUGCCAUAAACACUAAAUAAUUACGUUUAUUAACAAAUAUAUAGUGUAAAAAAUAAAUAGAUGAGAUAUAGGCAUAUGAUGAGAUUUUCAAGAAUAAAAGUGAAAAAGAAACAAUGAAUUCAUAAUUGAUAUAGAUGUUAGGGCCAGAGAUGGAAUUGAUAUAUUAGGUAUGUAAAAUGAUGGAUCAAAAUGUAAGACCAACAUCUAGAAGUCAUAAGAAAAUCAUAUCGACAGAAAAUCAAUAGAAAGGUUUGAUAAUAUAGGAGAAUGAGAAUAAAGAGGAUUAUAAAGUUUGA